AUGCCCCACCCAUUCUACGGUCAAUCGGUUCCGAGCGUUAUGCAGCCGUCUUUCCAGUAUUUGGGUCCUACUGCGUCUGGCAUAGAUGGUCAUGGUCUUUAUGGUCCUUACUGGAAUGAUGGCACUUACGUCCCGUAUCGUCCUGCCGCCGUCAGAGACCCUCGCUUUUACUCACAACAUGACGGCCAUUAUCCAAUGCACGGGUUCGUCCACCCUUGGAACGCUCCUGGGCCUGGUCUAUCGUAUCCGGCCUCUGCUCACACAUGGUCUGCACAUGAUAGUGGUGUGCCUGUCGUGUAUCCUUCGUUUGCAGGUGUUCACAAUGUUCCAUACACGCCUGAUUUUGUUCCCAACUUUGGCCCUGCGCCUGCAAAUGCGCGACAACGUGAGCAAGCGUUCAACUGGGCUCUCCAGACUUAUCGCGAGCUUCUUGUAUACAUUCAGCAAUUGCGAAAGACGAGCCGGCAAUACAAACCACCUUAUCAAACGUCCUCUCCUGGUCCCAGGUUCUAUCCUAAACCUCCAAGAUUGUCUGGUGCUCCUCCGCCAACUAAUGCUUAUAGCUCAAUGAGCUCUCAUUCUACUCAAAUCAAUGUUCCAGCGCUGUACAGUAACGGGUACCCGUACGGGACAGCCUCGCAUACCAUGUCCUCUUCAACGCCAUUGCCAUCUCCUGGUGCUAUUGUUCAGCCUCUGCACGACACGUCACCACCAGCCCGAGCGGCGAAUGCCUUGGUUCUGAUCACGAGGCUUUGUGGUGAAACAUCAUGGCAAUGGACUGAUGGCAUACACUUAGCCGGAUGCAUUGCAUACGGGCUCGACCGUUAUCAGAAGGCCGAGGACUUUUAUCUCAAGGUCCUAUCCCUCGAGCCACGGCACAUUGAGGCCAUGUCAAACCUAGCGGCAACAUUAGUAGCUCUUGAGCGGAAGAAAGAAGCUGAGGAGUACUGGAUGAAAGUCGUAAAAUUCGCGCCGAAUUAUUUCGAAGCAGUCGAGCAUCUCGUAGGCCUACUUUGCAGCACUUCUCGCGGGAAAGAGGCAAUCAAAGUCAUUGAAUUCAUCGAACGUUCUUUACGGAUCUCGAAAGCACAUGAACCACACAAGACUAUUGACCAUCAAAGCGAGAUGUCGUCCAAUGCAAGUCGUUCACCAUGCACGUCCGAACACUCCGAUCCGGCAAUCUACGAUUUCGAAUUGGAUGGCGAUUUCUCGCGCGAGCCUUCGAGUCCUAAGGAACCUGGUUUUGGGUCAAGCGGCUAUGCCAUUCCAGGCGCUGAUAACGGUCGCAUGCUUGCAUUAGUUCAUGCGAAAGGUAACAUGCUCUACACCUUGGGCGACAACAAUGGUGCUGCCAAAGCUUUCGAAGAUGCUGUACUCAUCGCAACGGGCCGCAUGUUCUCGGGCGUCGCACAGCUUGUGAAACACAUUUUGUCCGUCAUCUCCGCUGCAAAUGCCUCGAAUGCUGGGCCUACCGACCCCGUGCUUCUCUACCCUGAACAGGCUGCAAACACAGCUCGUCUAUGCUUUCCGAACUAUGGUGAAUUGGCCGGCCUGCGCAACGUGCCCGCAUCGCCAUCUAGCCCCGCUCAAAGCGCCGCUGUUGCGAUAGCGAGUAAUUCUCUCCUCUCACUUGCCAAAAUAUUCCAGGAUGGCAUGGGCAGAAAUGUUCAAGGCGUGGGCGGGAAGCCUAUGGUGUCUGGUGUGAGGGAGAUCCUUGCAUUGUAUUAUCUCUCCUUGUCAUUGCAGCCCAGCCCAUCCACUGCCAACAAUGUUGGUAUCCUCCUGGCUGGCGUACAGCAGUCAGUCCAACCAGCUACAACUUUUCACGGUUCGCAUGCCUUUAAACAGGACAUCCCUGGCGUGCAGCCGGGAAGCGGUAUUGCCCUCGCUUUGGCGUACUACAAUCAUGGUCUGAUGCUCGAUUCAAGACACGCUCAUCUUUACACAAACUUGGGAAGUCUUCUCAAAGACAUUGGUCAGCUUGAUGCUGCUGUCGAAAUGUAUCGAAGAGCUAUUCAGUGCGACGGCAAAUUUGAUAUAGCAUUAGCGAAUCUUGCCAAUGCCGUCAAAGACAAGGGGAAAAUCGCCGAAGCUAUCGAAUACUACAGACGUGCUGUCGACGUAAACCCUGAGUUUGCUGAAGCUGUUUGUGGUCUUGCUAACGCGCUGAACUCUGUAUGUUCGUGGCAGGCAAGAGGAGGUAUUGCUGCUGAUGGUGGCAAGCGAGAUCGCUGGCACGUUGACCAAAACGGCAUGCUGUUGAGCGCGGCACUCUCGAACCCUUCGACCUCUGGUUGGAUCAAUCGUGUCGUUGAUAUUGUUGUGAGACAGCUCGAAGAAGGUGAAAAUUGGGGUCGUGGCGUGCUGACGACAGACAUCAUCGAUUCCAUGGUCCAGCAAAUCUCAACCUUCGAUUGUGGUACGCAUGAGCUCGGUCAAGAUCUACGCCAGAUUAUCGCAAGCUGGGCUGGUCAGAAAUGGGAAGGCGCGCGCCUCAUCAAACUUAUUGAGCGUCUGACGAGGCGUAUCGGCUGGCACUGGUACCAAGACAAGUAUGUACGGAAGACAACGAGGACCGGUUACCGCAGACCUCAGCUUCCUGCCAACCUCAAUAUUCCUAACGCCCCCACCGUGCUGCCUUUUCACACCUUCACUUGUCCGGUCUCAGCAAAACAGGUUCGCUUGAUCUCGGAACGCAACGGAUAUCGCAUAUCAGCUUUGACACUCCGCAUGCCUUGGCUGCCCAAUGAUGUUUAUCCUCCGCCAGCACCUCCUUCUCCACAACUAAAAGUUGGUUACAUCUCUUCCGAUUUCAAUAACCAUCCAUUAGCUCACUUAAUGCAAUCUGUCUUUGGUUUGCAUGAUCGGCAACGAGUCGAAGCAUUUUGUUAUGCCACCACUGCUUCAGACAACUCACCUUAUCGCCGCAAAAUUGAAGAAGAGUCUCCCAACUUCUAUAAUGCCAGUAACUGGACGACCGAACGCCUCGUCAAUCAAAUCGUAUCUGACGGAAUCCAUAUUCUUGUGAAUCUCAACGGAUAUACCAGAGGUGCUCGUAAUGAAGUUUUCGCCGCGCGUCCAGCUCCUAUACAAAUGUCAUUCAUGGGAUUUGCAGGUACUCUGGGAGCUGAGUGGUGCGAUUAUCUCCUUGCUGAUGACACUGCUGUACCGCCGUCUACACUCCGUCCAUGGCGUCGGAAUCUCGAUGUCGAAGACCGGCUAGUUCACGAAGCAGAAAGCGAGGAAGGUGAUUGGGUGUAUGCCGAAAAUCUCGUGUACUGCCGAGACACCUUCUUCUGUUGUGACCACAGACAGAGUGCACCCGAUUCUGAAGAGCGCAGAUUAACGUGGGAAGAAGAGCAAUCUCGACGCUGGACGAUGAGAAAGGAAAUAUUCCCCGCGCUUGCCGAUGAUGUGAUUAUCUUUGGCAACUUCAAUCAGCUCUACAAGAUUGAGCCGACCACCUUCCGCACCUGGCUUCGCAUACUUUCUCAGGUUCCGAAUAGCAUCCUCUGGCUACUGCGGUUCCCUGAUGUGGGAGAAAUGUACCUCAAACGCACCGCUGAGGCAUGGGCGGGCCCCGCUGUGGCCGAUCGGAUCAUUUUCACAGAUGUUGCACCGAAGCAUCUGCACAUCAGCCGUGCCCGAGUUUGCGAUCUUUUUCUUGACACUCCAGAGUGCAACGCACAUACCACAGCUGCCGAUUGCUUGUGGAGUGGCACACCUCUGCUGACUUUGCCACGCUACGAGUACAAAAUGUGUAGUCGUAUGGCAGCCUCAAUCCUAAAGGGCGCACUGCCAAAGACGCCUGUCGAUGUUCGCGAGGCCGCCGAGAAGGAUUUGAUUGCAUCUUCAGAUACCGAGUAUGAAGAGAUGGCUAUUCGGCUGGGGAAAGGGCUUGUUUAUCCAAAAUCAGGACCUGAUGUCGGAAAAGGUUCAGGUAGACUGGUUGAGCUUCGCAAGAUCUUGACAGAGUCAAGAUGGACAUCCGCGUUGUUUGAUACUGCGCGAUGGACUCGAGACCUCGAAGACGCGUACAGCGAGGCUUGGAGACGAUGGGUCAAUGGUGAGGGAGGCGAUAUCUGGUUGAAGGAUGUUCCUUGCGGUCGUGUGCAAGAGGUGUGA